ACCAUUAUUUUCUUAACUCAUCCAAAAUUUGAUUAUGCUUUCCUCCAUCCGAUUAGAUUAUGAUGACAGCGACAACGAACGCUUCCUCCAGCUUCAUAUUUCUGCUAUAUAUAUUUACACGCAGCGAAAGUUGAGAAGGGGAUGCAGAAGGAGUACUCACUCAGAAGCUAUGGCUGAUCAAGCCAAUAAUAAUAAGAAGAAGAAGGAGCUUCAUGUGGUACUGUUCCCAUGGCUGGCCUUCGGUCACAUCAUCCCCUACCUCCAGCUCGCCAAGCUCCUCGCCCAAAAGGGCCACCGCGUCUCCUUCAUAUCCACCCCUCGAAACAUACACCGCCUCCCCACCCUACCCCCUCAUCUCUCCCCACUAAUUACCUUCGUUAAAUUUCCCUUGCCCCACGACCACAAUCUCCCGGAAAACGCAGAGUCCACCAUGGACGUCCCUCCCCAUAAGGUCCCCCACCUCAAGGCCGCCUUCGACGCUCUCCGCCACCCCCUCUCUCGUUUCCUCCAUACAACUUCCCCCGACUGGAUCAUCUACGACUUCGCUCCUCACUGGCUCCCCGCCAUCGCCGCCGACCUCCGGAUCUCCUCCGCCAUCUUCAGCGCCUUCAACGCCUGGUCUGUUUCCUUCUUUGGCCCGCCUUCGUCGCUCAUCCACGGCGACGCUUCAAGGACGGAGCCUCACCAGUUCACCGUCCCUCCCAAGUGGGUCCCUUUCCCUUCCACCGUAGCGUUUCGGCUCUACGAAAUCAACCGGUUUUUCGGCGUCAUGGAAACCAUCUCCUCCGGCGUCUCGGACAUGUUUCGGUUCGGGACGGCGGCCGCCGGGGCCGACGUGUACCUCAUGCGGGGCUGCAGGGAGCUCGACGGCCACUGGCUAAACCUCCUCGCCGAGCUUUACCGAAAGCCGGUGAUUCCUGUCGGCUUGAUGCCGCCCCAGGUGGAGGACACAGGGGACGACACGUGGCUCGAAAUAAGAGGAUGGCUGGAUGAACAAGUCAGAGGGUCGAUUGUUUACGUGGCGCUAGGGAGUGAGGUGGCGCUUAGUCAGGAGGAGCUCACCGAGUUGGCUCUGGGGCUGGAGCUGGCCGGGUUGCCCUUCUUUUGGGCUUUGAGGAAGAAGGUCAGUAGUACUACUACUCACCAGUUAAGUGAGACGGACUCGGCCGAGUUGCCGGAUGGGUUUGAGGAGAGGACCAGAGGGCAGGGAGUGGUGUGGGCGAAUUGGGUGCCUCAACUCAAGGUACUGAGUCACGAAUCGGUGGGAGGGUUCCUGACUCACUGCGGGUGGAGCUCAGUGAUAGAGGGACUGCAGUUUGGGCGUCCUCUGGUGAUGUUACCCAUUCUUGGAGACCAGUACUUAAACGCAAGGGCACUGGGAGAGUUAGGGGUAGGAAUGGAAAUAGGGAGAGACGGGGAAGAAGGGUCACUGGGGAGGGACUCGGUGGCUCAGACAGUGAAAUGGGUAAUUGAAGGAGAGGAGGGAAGGGCAUGCAGGGAGAAAGCAAGGGCAAUGAGGGAAAUAUUUGGGGACCAUGACCUACAAGCUAAGUACACGGAUGAAUUUGUAGGGUACCUUGAAGCCCAUCGUCCUUCCUAGCUAGAUUUGGCUGUCUAAUUUGGAGAUAUUCUAAGUAUGUAUCAUGUAUGUCCCUCAACAUGCCAAAUUUGAAUCUAGUGCAUUUGAAAUAUUAUUACGAUAUUUGAAUGAAGAAAAUUAAAGGUCA